AUGUCUGCUUUCAGGUUGUGGCCUGGCCUGCUGAUCAUAUUGGGUUCUGUCUGCCAUAGAGGUUCAUCGUGUGGCCUUUCAACACAUGUAGAAAUAGGACACAGAGCUCUGGAGUUUCUUCAGCUUCACAAUGGGCAUGUUAACUACAGAGAGCUGUUACUAGAACACCAGGAUGCAUAUCAGGCUGGAACCGUGUUUCCUGAUUGUUUUUACCCUAGCAUCUGCAAAGGAGGAAAAUACCAUGAUGUGUCUGAGAGCACUCACUGGACUCCGUUUCUUAACGCAAGCGUUCAUUAUAUCCGAGAGAACUAUCCCCUUCCCUGGGAGAAGGACACAGAGAAACUGGUAGCUUUCUUGUUUGGAAUUACGUCUCACAUGGCGGCAGAUGUCAGCUGGCAUAGUCUGGGCAUUGAACAAGGAUUCCUUAGGACCAUGGGAGCUAUUGAUUUUCACGGCUCCUAUUCAGAGGCUCAUUCGGCUGGUGAUUUUGGAGGAGAUGUGUUGAGCCAGUUUGAAUUUAAUUUUAAUUACCUUGCACGACGCUGGUAUGUGCCAGUCAAAGAUCUACUGGGAAUUUAUGAGAAACUGUAUGGUCAAAAAGUCAUCACCGAAAAUGUAAUCGUUGAUUGUUCACAUAUCCAGUUCUUAGAAAUGUAUGGUGAGAUGUUAGCUGUUUCCAAGUUAUAUCCCACUUACUCUACAAAGUCCCCGUUUUUGGUGGAACAAUUCCAAGAGUAUUUUCUUGGAGGACUGGAUGAUAUGGCGUUUUGGUCCACUAAUAUUUAUCAUCUAACAAGCUUCAUGUUGGAGAAUGGGACCAGUGACUGCAACCUACCUGAGAACCCUCUGUUCAUUGCAUGUGGCAGCCAGCAAAAUCACACCCAGGGCUCGAAGAUGCAGAAAAAUGAUUUUCACAGAAAUUUGACUACAUCCCUAACUGAAAGUGUUGACAGGAAUAUAAACUAUACUGAAAGAGGAGUGUUCUUUAGUGUAAAUUCCUGGACCCCGGAUUCCAUGUCCUUUAUCUACAAGGCUUUGGAAAGGAACAUAAGGACAAUGUUCAUAGGUGACUCUCAGUUGUCACAAAAGCAUGUCUCCAGCCCCUUAGCAUCUUACUUCUUGUCAUUUCCUUAUGCGAGGCUUGGCUGGGCAAUGACCUCAGCUGACCUCAACCAGGAUGGGCACGGUGACCUCGUGGUGGGCGCACCAGGCUACAGCCACCCUGGCCACAUCCACAUCGGGCGCGUGUACCUCAUCUACGGCAAUGACCUGGGCCUGCCGCCCGUUGACCUGGACCUGGACAAGGAGGCCCACAGGAUCCUUGAAGGCUUCCAGCCCUCAGGUCGGUUUGGCUCGGCCUUGGCUGUGUUGGACUUUAACAUGGACGGCGUGCCUGACCUGGCCGUGGGAGCUCCCUCGGUGGGCUCCAAGCAGCUCACCUACAAAGGUGCUGUGUAUGUCUACUUUGGUUCCAAACAAGGAAGAAUGUCUUCUUCCCCUAACAUCACCAUUUCUUGCCAGGACAUCUACUGUAACUUGGGCUGGAGUCUCUUGGCUGCAGAUGUGAAUGGAGACAGUGAGCCCGAUCUGGUCAUCGGCUCCCCUUUUGCACCAGGUGGAGGGAGGCAGAAGGGAAUUGUGGCUGCGUUUUAUUCUGGCCCCAGCCUGAGCGACAAAGAAAAACUGAACGUGGAGGCAGCCAACUGGACGGUGAGAGGCGAGGAAGACUUCUCCUGGUUUGGAUAUUCCCUUCACGGUGUCACUGUAGACAACAGAACCUUGCUGUUGGUUGGGAGCCCGACCUGGAAGAAUGCCAGCAGGCUGGGCCAUUUGUUACACAUCCGAGAUGAGAAAAAGAGCCUUGGGAGGGUGUAUGGCUACUUCCCACCAAACGGCCAAAGCUGGUUUACGAUUUCUGGAGACAAGGCAAUGGGGAAACUGGGUACUUCCCUGUCCAGUGGCCACGUACUGAUGAAUGGGACUCUGACACAAGUGCUGCUGGUUGGAGCCCCGACGUACGAUGACAUGUCUAAGAUGGCAUUCCUGACCGUGACCCUGCACCAAGGCGGAGCCGCUCGCAUGUACGCACUCACAUCUGACGUGCAGCCUCCGCUGCUCAGCACCUUCAGCGGAGACCGCCGCUUCUCCCGAUUUGGUGGCGUUCUGCACUUGAGUGACCUGGAUGAUGAUGGCUUAGAUGAAAUCAUCAUGGCAGCCCCCCUGAGGAUAGCAGAUGUAACCUCUGGACUGAUUGGGGGAGAAGAUGGCCGAGUUUAUGUAUAUAAUGGCAAAGAGACCACCCUUGGUGACAUGACUGGCAAAUGCAAAUCAUGGAUAACUCCAUGUCCAGAAGAAAAGGCUCAAUAUGUAUUGAUUUCUCCUGAAGCCAGCUCAAGGUUUGGGAGCUCCCUGAUCACCGUGAGGUCUAAGGCAAAGAACCAAGUCGUCAUUGCUGCUGGAAGGAGUUCUUUGGGAGCCCGACUCUCUGGGGCACUUCACGUCUAUAGCCUUGGCUCAGAUUGAAGAUUUCACUGCAUUUCCCCACUCUGCCCACCUCUCUCAUGCUGAAUCACAUACAUGGUGAGCAUUUUGAUGAACAAAGUGGUACAUCCAGUGGAGCUGUGGUAGAUCCUGAUAGACGUGGGGUUCCUGCGAGUAGAGACACACACUAACAGCCACACUCUCUGGAAAUCUGGUACAGUAAAUAUAUGACUGCACUAGGAAUAUGUGAAAUAGCAGACACUCUGCUUAUUCAUGUCUCCUUCCACAGUUUAGUUCCUCGCUCCCUUUGCAUCUAAACCUUUCUUCUUUCCUAACUUAUUGCCUGUAGUCAGACCUGUUGUACAACCUAUUUCCUCUUCCUCUUGAAUGUCUUUCCAGUAGCUGGAAAGGUCCCUCUGUGGUUAUCUGUUAGAACAGUCUCUGUACACAAUUCCUCCUAAAAACAUCCUUUUUUAAAAAAAAUUGUGCAGCCAUAAAGAAAGAACAAGAUCAUGCCCUUUGCAGGGACAUGGAUGGAGCUGGAGGCCAUUAUCCUUCAUAAACUAAUGCAGGAACAGAAAACCAAAUACUGCAUGUUCUCACUUGUAAGUGGGAGCCAAAUGAGAACACGUGGACACAUAGAGGGAAACAACACACACUGGGGCCUGUGAGAGGGUGGAAGGUGGGAGGAGGGAGAAGUCAGGAAAAAUAACUAAUGGAUACUUAGGGCAAUGAAAUAAUCUGUGUAACAAACCCCCAUGACACACCUUUAUGUAUGUAACAAACCUGCACUUCCUGUGCAUGUACCCCUGAACUUAAAAGUUAAAAAAAAAAAUUGAACUUAAAAAUAACAGAUUGGUGGCCCAUGCCAAAGUAUGAUAGAAAGAAAAGAAAAAAAAAAAGAAACUGAGGGAGGAAAAAUAGUACAGAGAAAAGCAUGGGGGUGAGAGAUGACCUCACAUUCCAAAUUCCUUGUGACUUAGUCCUUUUUAACUUUUAUUUUAGGUUCAGGGGUACAUGUGAAGGUUUAUCUUUUCUGCUCCUCCCACUCCUCCCAUCUUCCCCCCUCCAGUAGACCCCAGUGUGUGUUGUUUUGUGUUCAUAAGUUCUUAUAACUUAGCACCCACUUGUGAGAACAUGCUAUAUUUGGUUUUCUGUUCCUGUGUCGUGUUAGUUUGCUAAGGAUGAUAGUCCUUUUUUUUUUUUUUUUGAGACGGAGUCUGCUCUGUUGCCUAGGCUGGAGUGCAGUGAUGCGAUCUCAGCUUACUGCAACCUCCGCCUCCCAGGUUCAAGUGAUUCUCCUGUCUCAGCCUCCCAAGCAGCUGGGACUACAGGUGUACAAUACUACGCCCGGCUAAUUUUUGUAUUUUUAGUAGAAACAGGGUUUCACCAUGUUGGCCAGGCUAGUCUCGAACUCCUGACCUCAGGUGAUCCACCCACCUUGACCUCCCAAAGUGCUGGGAUUACAUGCGUGAGCCACAGGACCUGGCCGAUAAUCCUUUCUUGAUGAGGAUUAAUACCUUUUCAAUGUUUAUAUAGUGAAGGACAAAUAUAAAAACCAAGACUAUCACUCUUCUGUGCUCUCCAAUGCUUUUGUAGAGUUGGCUGUUCUGACACCUAAAGAGCCUAGCGACACUGCUAGUUUUAAGCCAUCUCAUGAGGGACCUUUGUAGCAUUAGGUUACAACUUGUGCCAAAAGAACUAGAGGGAAGAGAUGCGGCCUGAGCCACAGGCUACUGUAAGGGCCGGAGAGGAAAGCAGGCCUUGGCCUCGCUUGUUCCUGGGCUGUUUUUCAUAGGAUGGAUUUCAUUUGUCAGUCCUGCUGUGUGGCACAUUUAAGGGAAAGGAAUGUAUCAUAGGGUUUCAGUUUCAGUAAACAUUAGCGGGCAUUAUCUGUAAACAGUAACUAGUUUAUUUUGUGUUAAAUUAGGAAGAACCUCUUUCUUCUGCCACAGGUGAGAUGAUACUUAAAAGCAGGAGAAAAUAACAAAUGAAGAGCCCUUCUCUUCUCAGCUUCUCUCAAGGCAGAGUAGAGGUUGGUGAAAAGGGGACAGGAAGAGGAAUCCAGCUGAAAAGUAGAAAGUUAACAAGAACAUCAACAGGCACAUCCCUAGAGAGCAUCUCUGGGUCACUCCCAGGAUGACCUCAUUUUUCUGGAAGAGGUACAUGUGCUAGCUGCAUAGUAACCUAUGGCACAGCAAAAGCACAAGGAAGCACCAUUUGGUUUCGUUUAGGUACAAUUAUUGGUAGCCCAACCUAUCUGAAGAAUUACUUUUAAUUAAAAGGAUGGUUAUUUUUAGGGGACCAGAAAUUACUUAGUUGUAUUCACGUAUGAGUUGAGCAGUUUGGUAGAGCAGACUCUGACAUCUGACACUUCAGUAAAGGGAUGUUUUUCUCAGUACUGGGUCUUUUCAUUAGACGGAUGCAUUUAUAUAAAGUGUCAGUGUUUUUAUGCUUCACUAAAUGAUAGAUAAGGCCUGUGUUUAAACAUGAUCAUUAUUUACCUCCUGAUUUAUAUUUUUCCUAAUGCCUGAAUACACCCAAUAGCAAGCACCAGGUGGAGGUUAAGACCCACAAAAAUGGAAGCUUCCUUUCAAGUUUAUAGGACAUUUAACCAUACUAACCCCACUGUCAAAAACAAUGUAAAUUAUACUCCUACUGUAAAAAGUCAGCUGAUAUGGCAAAUAUGUAAAAAACCUGGCAUACAGGAAAAAAUUAAUGCAUGACAGUCUAAUAUAUUAUCCUGCUACAUGGAUUAAAUUUUCAUUCCACUAAGUAUUAACUAUAGUUUUAAGCAUUGAUUCUGCUUAAUAACUAAAAUGUAAAGACCUUACCUUUGUAGGGUUGUAAUUUCUCAUUAACAGAAAUCUGAACUUAUACAAGUUUAACUCAAAUUUAUCUUUAUUUCAAGAUAUCAGAAGACAUUUACAUAUUUGCAUUUUCUGUCUUGCUACUAUCUGUGUAUAUUGUAACAGCUUUUCUCAAGGCUUCAAGAUAGGAAUUGUUUUAUGCCUUUGUAUCACAGAACCUAAGAGACCAAAAUUAUUUGAAGAUGGAGUGGGGACAAAACUGGGGUCUCUGCAGUCCCUACUCCAUGUACCAUCCAUUAGCUCACCUCUGUAGGUAUUACUAAAGUCAUGAGAGUUAAAUCCAACGUGCAACUUUAAUAUUGCA